AUGACAAAAUCACAUCUCAAUUUUGAACUUUCAACAACUUCUCCAGCUAUUGCUAUCCCUGCUCGUAAGGUGUUGUAUCGUGCGUCCGUACAGGAAACCCGAACGUCACCCAUAACCGGAAAUCCUAUAUUCGAUAGCAAACAGAUGACCACUAAUUUUCACCCGUCCUCAGAAACAGACAGUCUCGAAUCGAACCGUAUAUCCUCCUCACUCACAACCUUGACCUUGUCGGAAAUUGAAACGUCCAGAUCUCCCAACGGUCUUUCACCAAGAACCCGUUCACUCUCUUAUACCAAAGGGACCCGAGGUUCUUCGGGCGGUCAUUUUGGCCGCACGUCAAGCCUUGCCAGGAACCCGUUCAGUGAUUGCGAGAUAUUUACCGCCGAGGGACUGAAACCAUUGAUCGAGUCAAACGCGACGAGACUUUCGAACGGUUCAAACGAGUCCCUCGGCGAAACGCGCGGUAGCAGUAAACCCGCCGUCCUACAGGAUAAAAAGAGCGGUAGUGUUGAAAAGAAGUUACGUCGGAAGAGUAGUUGGGACAUUGUGGAGUUGUUGGCAUUGGACAAUUUUAGAAACUGGAUGGUGUGCUUUUGCGUGGUAAACUUUGACCUGGAAUUGGGUCAGGCGAUAGAUUCCAUGUAUCCACCCUUAGAAUUAGGAGACGAGGAAAAGAAGAACAUUUGUUUUUCGUCUUUCCCGGAUUCCAAUUCUUUCGACGUAGGCGAUACGAUUAGAGCUAGUGAGGGUUUCGAGAGUUCGCGAGAGACACUCGAGGCGAAAUAUUUAACUCGAAAAUACCCGUUCGUUGGCCUUUUCUCGAGGGUGGUAUCGAUACUUGGUCCUUCAUAUUUUGAAGUGGGAAAACCGAUGCUGGAGGCGGCGUGUCAUGAUAUUGCCAGAUGGUUUGUCAAUUAUCAUUGGUUCCGCUUAGACGAAGAAAUCGAUCAGAUUGAUGCUAACUAG